CAUCAUUAUCAACGGGAGUUGAGGUUAAGGGAAAGGUCUACUCGGUGCUUCGUGCUCCCGGCCUCCCGGUAUUUUGACAGGAGAUGAAUGUCACGAUACAGGAUGAGAGGAACCAGAUUGCGCGUAAGAAGAUGCUUGAUCUGCACGAUGUCCGCGUGGGAAAAGUCCCGCAGGACUCGCCGUGGUUAAGGAGCGUUCGCUUGCACUACACGCAUGAUGGUCAAUCAAAGAAUUGGGACGUGAUAAGGAUUCACGACAGCGUGUGUAUAAUUGUCUUCAAUACAAGUCGAAAGAAGCUCGUAUUUGUUAGACAAUUUCGGCCAGCAGUGUAUUACGCAUCCCUACCGGAGAAUCAAGAGGCUAUCGACAUCGAGCGUCAUCCCGCGACACUGGGGAUAACUUUGGAACUCUGCGCUGGUAUCGUGGAUAAGGAUAAAUCUCUCGUCGAGAUCGCAAAGGAAGAGUUGAAGGAAGAGUGUGGUUACGAAGCACCCACUUCAUCAUUUAAACAAAUUGUUACCUAUCUAUCUAGCGCUUCUGCUAGUGCAAAACAAACUCUUUUCUAUGUAGAAGUCACGGACGACAUGAAGAUACACCCUGGUGGUGGUGACGAGUCCGAAGGUGAAGUCAUAGAAGUGGUGGAAUUAAGCAUUCCUGAGCUAAAGGAUUACAUGAGAACCAAAGAAGUACCGAGUCCCUCCAGCUUCCUUCACGGUGUGUCUUGGUUCCUACUUAAUAAAUCUGAGUACUGUUAAUUAGAAUAAAGCUAAAAUUUAUCUUGCUCAGGCCUCUAAAAUAAAUUAAAGAAUGGCAAAUUAAUUGCAAGUAAAAAUAAACGCUAUUGUUCAACCGCAUUUAUUUACAAAUAGAGCAUUUAUACACAAGCAAUGACGAGAUAGUUGCACAAUUUAAGUUACAU